AGAGCUGCUCCUACAGUAUCUGGUGCCACUGCAGUCAGCAGUAGUCAAGCCUUUAGGAAUCCACAUUGGGAGUGGACUUUCUUGGGGUCAUAAUGGAGGCAAUGAAGACUUUAAUCACGCUACUACUGACUGUUCUCCACAUUUCAUUUACCAUCGAUGUUAGUGAUAAUUUGGCAAACUUUAGAAACGCCCUUCCAGUGAAAAUGGAAGCCCUGGAUGGAACAUGUUUCUAUAUCCCAUGUAAAUUUACAUACAAGGGAGACCAGAGACCUAAGUCAGUGUGUGGGAAAUGGACCCACGCGAACAGUACGAAGGUAAGCAUGGUUUAUGACAGCUGUCAGGAGUCCAAUGUUGGACCGCUUGUUUUGACUGGACGUCUAGACCAGGGGGACUGCACCGCUGUGCUUUACGACGUGACUCCGGAAUACGCACAAUACUACUUCUUCACAAUUGAUUUCACAAUUGAGAAAGAAUUCCAAUUCAUGCUGUCUGCAAAUGUUCACAUAAAAGUUGCAGAACACCCCCCGAACACGACCAUCACCCUCCCAUCAGGCCCGCUUAAAGAGAACGAGUCCAUCACCGUGACCUGCUAUGCUUACACUCCUUGCCCGGAGUCGCCGCCUCAGCUCAAGUGGCAUCACAGUGAUGACAACCAGCAACGUGUGGAGCAGCUCCCAGAUGGAACCUUCACGACUAAACUCGAGGAUACGCUGACUUUGACAGCAGAGCACCACGGCUACAAUCUUGAGUGUUCCGCCGUUUACAACCUGAAAAGACAUUCCCAACAGACCAGGAGCAGUGUAACUCUGAGUGUUCUCUUUGACCCCAGGGACACCGUAGCCUCCAUCAGUCCAUCAGGUCCGGUGCCGUUUGGGACCCUUGUGACCAUGAGAUGCUCAAGCCGGGCCAACCCUCCCAGCAACUUCACCUGGUUUAUGACUGACAAGAAUAACACACUAAUCAUUGUGUCCUGGGGCGAAGUUUGGCACUUGGAAGUGACCCAGCAAGGAGAUUUUUACUGCCUGGCCAGCAAUUCUCUUGGCCAGCAAACGUCAACAAUGCUCAGGGUAGCGAUUACAGGCCAGCCUUUUGAAAGCCUUGCCGACCAGCCUGAAAAGAGUUUCAUUCAGCUGAUUUUCGCAGGAGUCUGUGCUUUUCUUGUGAUUUUGUUAAUCUUGGGACUCUUCUUGGCUUGGUGGUUUAGGGGUUUCUUCUCCAACACGUUUUUCGCAUGGCUUUGUCCUGCUCAGAAAGAAGUGCUUGAUGACCUGACACUGGUUGCAUACAGGAAUGAUGGCAUCCACUUUGAUGGGAGCAACACCAGUGUGAACACACCUGCCAACCAUGCACAGGUCCAACAAUCCGCUGAGCCCCACGCUACUGUGUGCGCUAUUUAAAUUAUUCCAUCCAUCUUCUUCGCUUUUUGGAGGGGGCAGCAGCCCAGACUUCACUCUCCCCGGCUACUUCGUCUAGCUCCAUUUGAGAGACAUAUUUCUUCUCCGUGUCCUGGGUCUUCCCCGAGGCUGCCUACUGGUGGGGCGUGUCCUGAACACCUCUCCAGAGAGGCACUUGGGAAGAAUCCUGACCAGAUGCCCGAGCCACCUCAUCUGGCUCCUCUAAGUCCCAGUUUCUUCCAAAUGACAAAUAACGGUGCUUCCCACCUUAUCUGUAAGGGAUAGCCUAGCCACCCCACCCCAGGAAUGUAGAUCCACCGGUAAAUUGAGAGCUUUGCCUUUUGGCUCAGCUCUGUCUUCACAACCUACCAAUGCAGACGCCAUACCAAUCCGCCUGGCGAUCGCGUUCCAUCCUUCCCUCACUCGUGAACAAGACCAUGAAGUCCUUAAACUCCUCCACUUGGGGCAGGAUCUCAUCCUUGAUGACACCCUUUUCCGGACGUGAUGAUUUGAAUUGGUAAAGUUCUUUUGGCAGCGCAGUGGAUGGAUGGUUAGCAUGGCAUGAAGGUCACAGGUUAAAAAUCCUGUUCCCUCUGGUGGCUAGUCUCCACCCUCCCCUCGGUCCAAACACUUGGCAGGGUGAUUGGAACAUGGGCUCCAGUUUGGUUAAAUAAUUUUGCCUUAGGGCCGCAUGGUGAGUGGUUAGCAUGUUGGCUGCACAGUCAGUAAAAUGAGGGUUUGAAUCUUCACGCAAAUGAUCCAUGGUAGGCCUAAAUGCUUUUAUCUUUUGGAUUAUGUGGUCUGAAUUUCAAAAGCUCUUUUCUACAUUACUGUCUCAUGUCUUGUUCUGUGUGCUGCUCUGCUGCCCUCUAUCUGCCAUGUGUUGCAGCACACCACUGAGUCUACCAAGAGAAGGUAACUGCAAUUACCAGCCAGCCCUCUUAAGCUGCAGUGUGACCUGCACUCGUUGCCACAUUGUUACCUGCUCCUCCCAGCCUUGUACUCUUGUGUCUAGCAACUCUCUGGUCAUUUUGCUUCUGCUUAGUUGUAAUUAUCACAGCCUCCCCUGCCAGGCCUUUUUUUCCUGCAGUGGUGAGUGCCAAUUUUUUUGCCUGAGAUUCCUGCUAGGUUCUCAGCAGCGUUUUCAGUCGUGUUUUUCCUCUCCGCUACCUUUUUUGCAGCACCUUUUUAGUUCCAGUGUUUUCUGUGCCAGCAGCGUCUUUAGUUGUUUUUUUCCCAGUGACUAGGUCCGGGUAGUUUUAUGUUGUACUUUGCAUUUUUGUGUUUUCUGUAUUUAUUUUUUUUUCACCUUGUGGUCACCUUUUCGUUACACGGACUGACUCAUCUCUGCAAUUGGGAUCCAGUACUCUUGGCUUUAGCCAAUCGUAACAUAACGUGUUGAUCAAUGAGCAAUGGUGAUUGAGUGCAUUAAAUGAAAUUGUUUCUGUAAGUAUCCUGACUCGCAGCAUGUUCUAAAAAUGUAUUGUUUUCUUUAAUUCAACACUGUGCUACUAAAA